UUUUUUUCUUUUCUUUCUAGCAUUUAUUUAAAUUAUGGAACAGACCACAUCUAAUGAUGAGAAACAACAACCAGAGUCAUUGAUAUGUCGAUGGAGAGAUUGCAACAAGUCAUUUCCUGAUCAUCCAUCAUUGGCUUCACAUCUUUCAGAAGAUCAUGUCGGUUGGAAAAAGGGUGGUUAUUUUUGCGAAUGGAGUAACUGUGCGAGAAGAGGAGCAAGAUGUCACAAUAGGUUUGCAUUGAUGAUGCAUUUGCGUAUACACACUGGUGAAAAACCUUUUGAAUGCAACUAUCCAGACUGUGGACAGACUUUUGGACGUAUGGACGCCUUGGCAAGACAUAAAAAAUCUGACCAUGGUGAAGAAAGCACAGGAUCACCGUUAAGGAUAAGCAUGAAACGAAGUAAUAAACGAUCAUUAUCUGAACCAAAGUCAAAGAGGCCAAGACUUAAAAUUGGUUUCAUAUCCUCCGAUAACGACGACAGUGAGGAUAUGGAUAAUGAUGAGACGACAGAACCUAUUGAUCUAGCAGCUGUGGAAAGUAAAAUCAGUAAUAAGUUAUUGUUAGACACCACUUCAGAUUAUAGUCAGUAUCGAUUGGCAAAAGUACAGCUGAACUAUUUAUUAAGAGAGAAUGAAAUGCUACAAGAUGAAUAUAAUACAACCAGAAAGAAAUUAAAGAGACUAAGGACGGAAAGAAGAGUACUAUUAGAGGCUGCAAUGACAUACGAUCCACAAGAUGAUUAGAGAAAAAGAAAUUGCAAUAAACCACUUUUCUUUACGUAAUUCUAACAUCUUUUUGGUAUUCUUGGUAUGAAGGUGGUGGAGGCUGCAAUUGAGGAUCGUUAUUACUAUUAGGAUAGUGUAUACGAGGACGCUGUUCAUUAUAUGAUAUGACAACUACUUCAGGUGUAGUGUUAUCUGCUUCUACUGUGUGUCUAUUGGCUUUUUUCCCUUUUUUGAAUGCCAAGAUGAUAGCUAUUACCAGCAUAAGAGCGCAUACUCCCCAUAGAAAGUUAUAUCCCGGCGAAGGCAUGUUUAAAAUUUUGUAUAUGA